AUGGCCAAGUCCCCGAAUGUCGAAGCCUUGGAGCGUGAUGGUUUCGUGGUCAUCCGAACGGCAUUGAAGCCUGAUGAGGUUGAAAAAUUGCGAGCUUCUUGUCAACAGGUAACGGCACUCGCAAGAGCAGGGAAAUGGCCGAAUGUCAGGACAUUGCCAAAGCAAUUCCCUCCUUGGAAUGUUGACGGAGGGAAGAACCCGGCCGAGGCUGGUAUUUGGGGUGUACAGGGUCUGAUGCAUCCAUCUAUGCUUGAUCAUAAUCUGUUUACUGCCACUUACUUCUCUGACACGUUGAUCAAUCCAACCAAGGAGCUCCUCGGCUGUGCGGACGACGAAUUGGUCAUGGAACUUUUCAAUCUGCUGGUCCGGCCAGACCACGAUUUCGAGCUCCGCUGGCAUCGGGAUGACAUCUCUGACAAGGCGACGGCAGAUGAAGAGCUCGAACGGCUUAACAAACCAGCGUGGCAUACGCAGUGGAAUCUCUCGCUGUAUGACGAUGCCAGCUUGAUCGUUGUCCCAGGCUCUCAUAAGCGCGCUCGCACGGAGGCAGAAUGUAACGCAGAUCCUUUCGAGAAAGGCCUUGACGGCGAGCUGCACGUGCAAAUGCACCCUGGAGACAUUGUCUUCUACAACAACAAUAUCCUUCACCGUGGAGCCUAUGACAGCCAGAAGGAGCGGAUGACGCUACAUGGGAGUGUUGGGCAUGUCAAGGGAGGGAGCCUGCGUGCGAGAAAUGUCCUCCAGCAUGGUCUUCGAGACUGGAUCGAUCAGUGUGACUUCUCCAAGGUGCCAGAAUCUGAACGUGAGCGGGCGGAGGGCAUGCGUAAACGACUCAUUGAACUGGGUCGUAAAUCCGGUGAUGUAGGCUUCUCUCUGCAAGGCUGA